GAGACGCUGACAAUUAUUAACACUGUCUUGUCUCUGCUCCUCCUGGCUCUGACCCUGGCCUACCACAGGACCUCUCUUCAGCUCCUGAUGAUGGACGAGGGCCUGGGAACAUGGCGAGCUGCCCUCACCCUCCGCCGCAGGGCUUACCUCGCCCUCGAGGUGCUGGCGUGUCUCCUGCAGCCUCUGUCCCAGAGCGGGGAAGAGGGUGGGAGCUGGCCGGGUAACGGGACGGAGCUGCCGGCAGCUGCCAGCCUCUUGCGCCUGCACUGGGUGCGACGGGCACUCCUCCUCAACAGCCCCCUGCUGCAGCCAUCCUACCGGGCGCUCGGUUCCCUCGGCAGGGUCCGUCUCCGCUCCCCCUUCGCCCUCAAACUCCUGAUGGAGACCUGCAGUGGUCGCCUCCUCCUCAUCUUCGCCUCUUCCCUCUGGCUGCUCGGCUCCUGGACCCUCAGCCUGUGUGAGAGAAGCAGCAACCGGAGCAGCAGUAUUGGCCUGUUGGAUUCGAUGUGGCUGAUCCCCAUCACCUUUCUGACCAUCGGCUACGGAGACAUCUCCCCACACACCUACCUCAGCAAAUUCAUCUGUCUGCUCACCGGCAUUACGGGCGUAUGCUGCACGGCGUUGCUGAUUGCUGUCGUCUCCCAGAAGCUGCAGCUCUGCAGCGAUGAGAAACACGUCCACAAUUUCAUGCAGGAGAUGAGACUGCAGCGGCAGGUGCAACAGGCAGCGGUGGAUCUGAUUGGCUCAGCCUGGCUUGUGUACAAACGCAUGCCAGCGUCUCACCCGCGCCUGGCUCGGCAACUACAGCGCGGUCUCGUCACGGCCGUACACAGGUUCCGGAACGCUAAACAACGGGAACGGAGACACCGGGAUCAGAUCAAUUCCAUGAUGGGACCCAGUAAGAUGUACCAGCUCCUGCAGGACUUGAACCAGAGGCUGUCUCUGUCCUGUAGCGAGUUUGACCAGAGGCUGACCUCUCUGACAGACAAGGUUGACGGCAUGGCUUCGGACAUUGUGCAGAUAUCGGCCCUCCUUCACGGCGCUUGGAGCAGCCCCCGAGAUGCUGAGUGGCCUCUUCCAGUGGAAUAGCCCGCACUCUUUCGGGGUGUCCACGGGCCCUUCAUUCCAGCAUGCAGCCGCAGCUGGGGUGAUAGGGGUGCUAUAGGAUCAUGAUUUUCAGGGCUGCCUUGCCUCCUUCCAUCGUUGUCCCUCUGGUAGCGGUCUCACAACUGAAAGGGACAGUCUCGAGAUGUGCAGACCCUCCCAAACAGAGACCACGUCCAGCCCUGUCCCAGUUCCUCAGCUGUGGGAGCCACCAUACUGGCUUUUCCAGGGACCUCAGCUCUGUACACAUGUCCAGUACACACGUGCACACACUCGCACGCACGCACGCACGCACACGCACACACUCAUGCACACACACGCACGCACGCACACGUGCACACACACAUACACACACACACUCAUGCACACACACACGCACACACACACAUACACACGCACGCAUGCACACACGCACGCACGCACACGUGCACA